UGUUGCCUCUCACGCUGGAUGAAGCGUCCAAGGUCCUGGAAUGGCCGAUCGGCGUUUCUAUGGCGCUCUCGGAGCUCGCGCAGGGCCCGGCGAUCAGCCGCGUCUCGUCCGGAGAGGCCCUGCUGGAUUACAUCGUGGAGAUGCGUCGUCUGGGCGGGAUGAGAGAUGCCAGGCUUCCGGCUAGGGCUGUGCAAGGAAUGGGCUUGUUCUUCCGCGAGCUCGUACCAGAAGAUUUCUCUCGCGGAUUCUUUGGCUCGUUGCUGCCAGCGAUGGCUCAGCUCGCCUUGAGGCUGUCGGCGCUUGUCAAGGAUCACAUUGAUGGCAGCGUGAGCGAUCGUUUUCCAUCACAACUGGAUUUUUUGCAGCUGCGUGCUCUUCCCGCCGGACAAAGUGGCAUGGUUUUGCUGAGCCAGGAGCUUGUGGCAUCGAUUCUAGCGUGCGGGUUUUUCUGCUUGUAUCCUUCGGCAGAGAGGAACAAAUUGGAUCUUCCCGACUUAAACUUCUAUAAACUCUUCAUGGCACUGGUUGAUGAGAAUCGAGAAGAGAGUGCCAAGCACAAGAUCAUAUGCUUGUUGCAUUACUUUCAGAUUGUUUGUGAAAGCGUACCGCAAGGAAUGAUUUCUUACGAGCGCAAGGUGUUGUCUUUGGAACAAGAGAUGGAGGAUCCUUUCUCUUUCUGGAGCAGUUCCUCGAGACCGCUGUGUCAAAUACUGGUAAUGGAAGAUGGCACUAUAGAAGGUAGUGAUACUCCCGUUUUGGAGGUGGAUUUCGCCAACAGGGUCUUAGGUGGUGGUGUACUCGGCGCCGGAUGCUUGCAGGAGGAGAUUAGAUGCGUAAUCAAUCCCGAACUGAUCGCUGGAAGGCUUUUCUUACCGGCAAUGCAAGACAAUGAAGCAAUAGAAAUAGUCGGGACGCAGUGCUACAAUCGAUAUGAGGGAUAUGCCUCGAGCUUUCGUUUUGCUGGAAAGUUCUUCGACAACAAAGCCAGAGAUGCAUGGGGUCGAAAGGAAACGCACAUUGUGGCCAUUGACGCUCUCCCGUUUCCGGGAGAAGCACAAUUCGACGCUGCGCUAAUGCUGCGGGAACUUAACAAGGCAUAUUGUGGCUUUCUCGUCCAUCAGUCGAUUCAAUGCGGUGGCUCGAGUGAAAGCACUCGUGGAGUAGCCACCGGCAACUGGGGAUGUGGGGUCUUUGGCGGGGACCAUGAAGUUAAGAGCAUGCUCCAGUGGCUGGCUGCCUCGGAGGCUGGCCGGCCCUUCUUGUUGUACUACACAUUCAAAGAUCCACGUACCACGAAGCUCCAGAGAAUAGCCGACUGGAUUUUAGAACAAAAGUGGAGCGUCCUGGAACUCUGGAGCGUUUUGAUCGAGUAUGGAAAAGGAAGGAAGUAUACCAAGGUGGGAUUUUUUGACUGGCUUCUUCCAGAUUAAUCGCAAGUGAAGACGCUGAGCUCCUCGCAUCGAUUUUUCCGUGAAGAACUGGGAAGAACUCGAUGAUUUGUCAAUACGGAAGAAGCUCAUGGUUAGAACAAAGAGUUCUUGGAAUUUUUCUAUAUCCGGAGUACGUGGAGCAAAGUGAGAUCCGUUCAUUAACACUGUCGUAAGAGAGCAUCCAUUGAAUAUACUUUCUCUCGAGCCA